AUGUCAACCGAAGCUCCUCCUUUCCAAGAAGCAGCGCGAUGCGUUGUCUGUAGUUGCAGUUUCAACACCUUCAGGAGACGGCAUCACUGCCGGUCUUGUGGGAGAACAUUGUGCAAUGAACAUUCAUCAGAUCAAAUGGCUUUACCUCAAUUCGGCAUUUACUCCAAUGUCCGUGUAUGUGCUGAUUGUUUCAACAAUUCGCGAUCUGGAAAGGGUGUACCACAAGCUUCUUCAGAUGGAGUAAACAGCAUAACAGAUGCAGUUUCUGAAUUAGAUAUUGAUGCAAAUGUUGAUUCAAAAAGACCACCUACUGCAGAUAAUAAGCUUGCACCAGGUGUUAAAGAGUGUAAGUGUGGAAUGCCGCUUUGCAUUUGUGAAGCCCCUGCCACUUCCUCUGAUGCACUACCCCAGGAGAAGAAACCUACCCCAGUUGUUACAGCUCCAUCAAAUCCUAAACCCAAGAAGACAGAUAAUGUUUCAAAAAAUAGAAGUUCCACUUCCACGAACAAGUUUAGUUCUACGUUUAACCCCGGUAAUGUAUCUAGUGGCACCUCAAACAAACCCCAAAUGGAUUAUGAAGUUAAUGGAGAGGGUUUACGAGAAGCAAUAAAAAAUGGUGACGUUGCUGCUGUUAAAAAGCUUCUUAAAGAGGGUGUGGAUGCAAAUUACAGAGAUAAGCAAGGACUGUCUGUAUUGCAUUUGGCUGCAGUUUUCAAUCAAACUGAUAUAGUUUUCAUUCUCAUGGAUUCGGGGGCAAGCCUGGAGUAUAAAAAUGCACAAGGAGAAACGCCUUUAGAUUGUGCUCCUGUUACACUUCAAUACAAAAUGCGACAGAAAAUUGAAGAAAGCAGAUCAAUGGACCAAAGGAAUUGA